AUGACAGAUGAAGAACUGAAUAGAUUUCCGAAGUCUUCGAGGUUUGCUAAUAAUUCUGACUUACCAGAUUUGCGGUUUUAUAAUCAUGUGAAGGAUAAUAAGCAAAUUUUGGUGAAUAAUCAAUUGAAUAAUAUAAACUACAAUCCGUUUAAUUCUCCUCAACAGAAGACUAAGGCCAACUUUCCUAUUGACUUCUUUCAUUUACAGAAUAAGAUCACUCUUUCAGACAUUCCGUUAACCGACUCUAUUCCAAUUUUUCAACUUAAUGAUGCUCAGUUUCAAGAUCCUAUAAAGUUUAUUGACAGCGUCCAUGAAAUGGGAGCGAAAUAUGGCGCAAUUAAACUUGUUAUACCAGAGAAUACCGAAAACUCAUUCAAGUCAAAUUUUCAAAUUAAUUCAGACUUAUUCUGGUUUCAAACUAAUAAGUUGUUGAAUAAUUCGACGAAUAACGAAUUAGAAAAUAGGUUGAGAUUUCAUCAAGAAUUAAUAGAAUUUCAUUUACAGCAUAAAAAGGAGGACCCAUUAACAGAGGUUACACUUGCAAACGAAGAGAACUCGAAGGAAUCGCCAAUACCUCCAACUUCCGAUGCCUUAAAGGCAUCGACACCAGACUCAAAUCCGAAUACUAAAGAUUCUACUCCGGUUCCAGUUAACGAGCCCAAAAAACCUAAGCUGAACCUACCUUCCUUCUUGAAUAAAUUACCGAUGAUCGAUAAAAGGCCGUUGGACUUAUAUAAACUAUUCAGAUCUGUGUUAAUUAGAGGGGGCUUUAUUGAAGUUGUGAAUAAAAAACUAUGGGCACAAAUAGGAAGGGAAUUAGGCUACAAAGGAAAAAUCAUGACGAGCUUAAGUAGCUCUUUGAAGUCCUCGUAUUUAAGGAUCCUUUAUCCAUUCGAAAUGGCCUUGAAUAAUAGAAAGUAUGAAUUGGUUGGAAUUGUCGCUCCUACCGCAGAUUCAACGAAUGGAGCCGAUGAUGAAAAUACAAAUGAUUCGCAUCAUCCGAUGAGUGAUAGCCCCGGAAUAGAUGUUGAGCCGCCUUUAAUAAUUGGUUCAUCUAAAGAUUUCAAACGGUCGAUUAAAUUAAAAUCAGCAAAAGGAUUUCUACUUAAUUCUCCACAUCUCAUUGACGUCAAACAACCCAAUACAUUUACAAGUAAAGGGAUGAAUGAAGGUGAGAUUGAUACUACUAAGAAACGUAAGAAAAAUUCUGGUGAAUCAGCAAUUACUCCAAUAACCCCAGCUUCUCAAAUAAACCAUGGUUUGAAAUCGAUUAUAAAUAAUCAAUCUGUAUAUCAAGAUGAUUCUCGAUUGGAUUUAAAUGGAAAAUCUGCAUCUAUUUAUAACUUAAGACAAUUUAUGGAGAAGGAUUUGAAAUUUCAAGAAUAUAUAAUUCAACAAAAUAAGGAUCAUUUUAAUAAAGUCAAUGUGAAUUCAAAUGACAAAUUCUUUUAUCAAUUCAAUGAUCAAAAUAUUUCUGUGAUGGAGCGAAACAUAAUUAAUUUAGAAAAAUUCGAACAAUUAUAUUGGUCUUUUAUAAUGAAUAAGAAACUGAAGCAGAGUGAUAAUGAUGUAAACACAAAUGAUAUUGAUACAUGGAAUGAUGGCCUAGAACUUGAAAACGGAACUAACUUGCCUUCUUUCAUUAAUGGUUCUGGCUUUGCUAGAAUAGGAGAUGACCUUAUUAAUCACAAAAACCAUUUAAACAAUGUAAAUGUUAAUAAUGUUACUUCGACAAAUAAUGCAAAUGGUGCUAAUACUGCUAAUAAUUACACUACUUCAAAGAAUAGUAGUCCUACCAAUAAUGUUGAAACUAACACCUACAAUUCGUCCGACUAUAUCAAUAACUUGAUACAGACGUCGCUAAACCCUUGGAAUUUACAUAAUUUACCUGUUUUAGCCAAUUCAUUGCUAGGGGGUUUAUCAGAAAGCGAUUUAAAUAACCAGGACCUUAUCAAUCCAACCUUAAGUAUCGGCAUGACAUUUAGCACUGAAAACUGGAAAUGUGAAGAUCAUUUCACACAACUCUGUAAUUACCAAUUUUUUGGAAGUUAUAAGAAAUGGUAUUUUAUACCUGAGCUGGAUUUUGAAAAGUUUGAAGAAUUGGUCAAAGAAGUGAACGACAAGAAUAAAGAAAGAGUUAAUAUAAACAAUGAUGGUUGGAAUGUAGAGGCUUUAUUGAAGUACUUUAAUAACGGUGAAGAUACGACAAAUAUAGAAUACGAGUCGUUGUUAAAUUCUUUGGAAAACAUGAUUAAUCCAUCUCCAGAUUAUAACAAUUCAAGAAUGCAACAUUCUAACGAAUUGUUUCAAAAGAUUAUUGAUUAUAGAAAUCAACGAAGAGAAAAAUUAAAUUAUAAUCAGGAAUUCAUGAUAACUCCUGAAUUAUUAAAGAAAAGGGGUAUAAAUUUCACUACAACAAUUCAGAAGCCCGGUGAAUUCAUCAUUAAAUUUCCGAAGACAUAUUCGUCUACCGUAUCGUUUGGCUUAAACUUGAGUGAAGAAGUCAAUUUUGCUACCAAAAAUUGGCUAAAUUAUGCAAUUGAAGGUGAAAAAUGGUUGAAUAAGCAAUCGAUAUUGCCUAAUUUCCUGAUUUUCAAGCUAUUGAUCAACUUAGCCCAGUUAUAUGAAUCAGGAAAUAAUAAUGUUUUCUUUAAUUCCGAGAUCUACGAACAAAGUUUACAAAUGUAUAGUUUAUUGUAUAAACAAGAACUAAAAUUGCGGGAUAGAGUAAGAAAAAAGUUUAGUCAUAUAAGAGAACUUGUUAUUGAUGACAAAACGUUUGGAGAUAUAGAUUCCACGGCUGAUGAUGAUUUAGCAAGCACUUUUCCUUCAAAGGUAGUUUUAACCGAUGUGAAAUUGAAGCAAACGUUUAUUCUAUCCCUACCUAGAUUCUUAGAAUAUGUCGAGCUAAGUGAGCUUGAAAAUGACUAUGAUAUUAAAAGCGUCCCAAAAUUAAUAGGGAAUCCAAACUUGAAAAUAGAGUUACAUUUAUUUUACUCAGAUGAUAAGUUAAAAUCGUUUUACAGAAUAUUAAACACCUACUCAAUUGACUACGACGAAUGGAUGCAAAAUUACGAACGAUUAAUGAACGAAAAUUCCGAGCUUUCCUUAAGAGUCUACAGAAGCUUACUUAUAGAUGGUGAAAAGAUUUAUUUGGCAUUAUCUUCUUCAAAUUUCUUUCAUGUAUUUAAUAAUAAACCGAAUAAUGAGCCAGAAGAUUACGAAACGAUAAAGUUGAAUACCUUCAAAAAUUAUAUUGAGAAUCUAAGGUUAUUCGUGAAUGAUGCCAAUGACUUUAUUGAAGAAUGCCAAAGUAUUUUAUCUAUAAAACAUCAACAGCGUAUUAGAAAUGGGAACACAAAUAAUGAUUUUCAGAGGCCUAAUGGUGAUGUUCUCGCGAGGUUAAUAAAUUUAAUUGAUAAAAUUCCAACCCUAAAUUUUUCAUGUUCUGAGACUGAACAAAUAUUAGAAUUUAAGGUAGAGAUUGAGAAUUUUGAUAGAGCUUGUCGUUUGCUUAUUUCAAAAGCCAAACAAAGUAACUCAUUACAAGAAUUCAAUGACUUGAUAAACCUUGGGCAAUCAUUUGGAAUUGAAUUACCGUCGUUGACCUUUCUAAUUAGGUUAAGAGAUAGAUUGCAAUGGAUAGACACGCAUGAUAAAAUUCUCAAAGGAGGUGAUCCAUAUAGCGACAAGAAGGAUAUUUUUUCAUUGCAAGAUUUAAAAAAUUUCAGAGACUUAGGAAUUAAUUUAUUAGGAAGAAGAGAUAUAGACAAGGUCAGAAUAAUUGAUUCUAUUAUAGAUCAUAGUGAAGAAAUGAAUUAUAAGCUAGUUGAAUUCUUAAGUUUUGAAUAUACGGAGCUGGUUUCGUUUGAGGAAUUGGAUAGAAUACUUACCGAUCUUGAAAGUAAAUCCAAAGCUCAAGGGGAAAAUCGUAUAUUUGUUUAUCUUGAUAAUUACGAAAAGCUCGUCAACUUGAAACAGAAUAGUAAAAUUGUGAAGCAAUUUAAAGAUUUCAAAGCUUCUUUAGCGACGGGGGGUAAGUUUACCAUCCAAGAAAUAAAACAAUUGCAAACAUCCAUAAAUGAAUCAGGCUUGAAGUUCGACAUGAGGGUUCUAGAUAAUAAUUUAUCAAAUGGGGAAGAUUGGGUUUCAAAUGUUUGGAAAAAAUUCAAGGACUUGAAGAUUAUAACUGUACUUAAUAAGGGAACAAAUCCUACAGAAGAUAUGAAUCCGAAACUCAAUAUUAAUGAUUAUCUAAUGGAGAAGUUACAACAGAUUUCUAAUAAGAAUGAUUUUAGUUUAUCAUUGAAGUCAGAUUCUUAUUCUAGUUCAUCUUCUCAUAUUUAUUAUAAAGAAGAUAAUGAGUCUUUAGAAGACCCAACUCAACAACAAAUAUACUGUGCAUGUCGUGAAUUUGAAUUUGGAACUAUGAUAGAGUGUGAUAAAUGUAAGGAAUGGUAUCAUACUCAAUGUGUUAACGAAUCUGCUUUAGAAUCUGACAAUAAUAACGAUGAUAACUACUCUUGUCCAAUUUGUAAAUUAAUUGACUCUGGUAUAUUUACUGAUCACUUUUUGACAAAGCAAUUAACAUACAGACAACUCCUUGCAUUAGUAGCGGAGGGAAAGCAACUUAAUGUGUUCCCAAUGAAUGAAUUGGCUAAAUUAGAACAACUAUCUGAUUUCGUUACGGUUUCUUUUAAAGAUUUGAACAUUGAAAUUGACAAGGUAAAGCAAAGUGACGAACGGCUUGCAAACAAAGUCGACCAUUUAAGGUUCUUCUUGAGGAAAGUCUAUGGCGCUGGAAUCUUAAUUGAGGAACUAAUCACCGAUUUGUUGAGUACCAUUAGAAAAUUUGAAUAUGAUUUAUCAAUCUUAAUGCCGCUUGUGACACCUAUCGAUCGUGAACUCAAUAAACAAGAUUCUGGGAAUGAAGCUAUAGAGUCCGCGAAGCUGGAAGAACAAACAGGUCUAAAGCCAACGCAUGAGUACACUGACAAUCGUUCUUUCGCAUCAAACAUCAGCUUAGAUGAUUCGGUUCCAAAUGUAAAAUCUCAAACAACUACUUAUGCUAGCGUCUUGAAUCUUCAUCCUAACACCUUCGACCAAACAAAUGAAAAUCCAACUCCCAAAAGGACACCUAUAGAUAAUUUAAAAAACGCUCCGGUCGAGCACAUUAAUGAUCUGUCAUUAUCAGGAGUUGAAAAUAAUACAAAUGACGCUACAGCAUCACUAAAUAGUAACUAUUCAAACACACAAAAUACGAAUAGAAUUUCAGAUUCUGUCCCUAAUCAGAACAUUAAUCUAGAAUCUGAAGAUCAGAGUAGUUCUAAUGAAAGGCAGCAUGAAUAUUCCUUACCUGUUGACGCUGAGCCAGAGGAGCUAAUUCCAUUUUUAGCUAGUCAGGUAGAACUAAAGAGGGACGACGCUUCUACAGCUACACCUGUCAAAGCUACUACUGAAAAUAAUAUUAACAGUACAACAAGUGAUGGAAUUACGAAUGAACUGGCAGAUCUGAAUAUAAAUAACCAGGUUUAG